AUGCCGAUUUUAGAAGAAAAGAGAUUGAAAAUAAUAUUUACUGAAGAUGAUCUACCAUAUGAAGAGGAAAUUUUACGAAAUCCAUAUUCAAUAAAACACUGGCUAAGGUAUAUUGAGUUUAAAAAAGAUGCACCUAAGCAUGGUGUGAACAUAAUUUAUGAAAGAGCUUUGAAAGAACUCCCAGGAAGCUAUAAAUUAUGGUACAAUUAUUUAAAAUUGAGGAAAAAGCAGAUUAAAGGACGUUGCAUCACUGACCCUUGUUAUGAACAUCUCAACAACACGUUUGAAAGGGCUUUAGUUUAUAUGAAUAAGAUGCCAAGAAUUUGGAUGGACUAUUGCCAGUUUAUGGUCGACCAGUGUAAAAUUACAAGAACACGGAUUGUGUUCGACCGUGCGCUUAGGUCACUCCCAAUAACACAACACAGGAGGAUAUGGCCUAUUUACAUCAAAUUUUUAAAAAAGUACAACAUUCCCGAGACAGCUGUGAGGGUCUUCCGGAGAUAUCUGAAACUGUGCCCAGAGGAUGCGGAAGAAUAUAUAGAUUAUCUAAUAAGUGUUGGCAGGCUUGAUGAGGCAUCGGUGAGACUUGCUGACAUUGUCAAUAGCGAUGAAUUUGUUUCUAAGCAUGGGAAAUCAAACCACCAACUUUGGACUGAACUUUGUGAACUUAUUUCUAAAAAUCCUCAAGAUAUGAAAACAUUAAACGUAGAUGCAAUUAUAAGAAGUGGACUUAAAAAAUACACAGACCAGCUUGGUAGACUAUGGAAUUCUUUAGCUGAUUACUAUAUCAGGAGUGGUUUAUUUGAAAAGGCACGUGAUAUUUAUGAAGAAGCUAUUCAGACAGUUACAACUGUUCGGGACUUCACCCAGGUGUUUGAUGCUUAUGCUCAAUUUGAAGAGCUUUCACUUAGUAAAAAAAUGGAAGAAGUUUCUGAAAAAUUAGCCCCUUCAGAGGAUGAUGACAUUGAAAUUGAGUUAAGGAUGGCAAGGUUUGAAGACUUGAUAGAAAGGCGGCUGCUUCUUCUCAACUCAGUCCUCUUGAGGCAAAAUCCACACAAUGUACACGAGUGGCUGAAAAGAGUUCAACUUUUCGAAGGGAAACCCCAUGAUAUUAUAAACACAUACACUGAAGCCGUUCAGACAGUAGAUCCAAAACAAGCUGUCGGGAAGCCGCACACUCUGUGGGUAGCAUUUGCAAAAUUUUACGAAGAAAAUGGCCAAAUCGAAGAUUCCAGGAUCGUGAUGGAGAAAGGGACACAAGUCGCUUAUACAAAAGUUGAUGAUUUGGCAUCUGUCUGGUGUGAAUGGGCUGAAAUGGAAAUAAGAAACGACAAUUAUGAAGAAGCUUUAAAGUUACUCCAACGAGCCACAGUUAUGCCUUCUAGAAAAGUUGACUACCACGAUGAAACAGAAACUGUCCAGAUGAGGCUUUAUAAAUCUCUAAAACUAUGGUCUAUGUAUGCCGAUUUAGAAGAAAGCUUUGGCACUUUUAAGUCUUGCAAAGCGGUAUAUGAUAGAAUAAUAGAUUUGAAGAUUGCAACACCACAAAUCAUUAUCAAUUAUGGUAUAUUUCUAGAGGAGCAAAAUUACUUCGAAGAAGCAUUUAGGGCAUAUGAAAAAGGAAUUGCUUUGUUCAAGUGGCCGAAUGUGUACGAUAUUUGGAACACAUACCUUACAAAGUUUCUUGCAAGGUAUGGAGGGAGCAAAUUGGAAAGAACGAGGGAUCUUUUUGAGCAAUGUCUUGAAAACUGUCCUCCUAAAUUUGCCAAAGCUCUGUUCCUUUUAUAUGCGAAACUGGAAGAGGAACAUGGUUUGGCAAGGCAUGCAAUGGCUGUUUACGAAAGGGCCACAUCAGCUGUCCUCCCCGAAGAAAUGUUUGAGGUUUUUAACAUUUACAUUAAAAAAGCAGCUGAAAUAUAUGGUAUACCUAAGACAAGGCAGAUUUAUGAAAAGGCUAUUGAAGUGCUCACUGAACAAAAUGCUAGAGAGAUGUGCCUCAGAUUUGCAGAAAUGGAAACAAAAUUAGGUGAAAUAGACAGGGCAAGAGCCAUUUAUGCUCACUGCAGUCAGAUGUGUGACCCUAGGGUUACAAGUGGUUUCUGGCAGACCUGGAAGGAUUUCGAAGUGCGACAUGGCAAUGAAGACACAAUGAGGGAGAUGCUGAGGAUAAAACGAAGUGUCCAAGCAACAUACAACACACAAGUCAACAUGAUGUCAGCCCAGAUGCUGUCUGCUGCUAGCAAUAUGUCAGGGACAGUAUCAGACCUCGCACCAGGCGCGAAAGAUGACAUGAGGCUUUUAGAGGCCAAGGCCGCAGAAAUGGCCGAGGGCAGAGGCCAACCGUCAAAUCUCAGCUCAGGAAUCAUGUUUGUCCGAGGUGAAACCCAAGUACAAACUAAAGGAGGUAUUGCGCUUCAAAAUGAAAAGAAAACCAACCCCGAGGAAGUGGACAUUUCUUCCGCUCUCGAAUCAAGUGAUGAGGAAGGCGCUAACGAAGACGAUAGAGGAGAUGAUGAUCUUCCUAUUCAAAAGCAAAUCAUCCCUGAUGAAGUUUUUGGAAGCUUGAAACCUAAAGAUGAAGACAGUGAUUAAUAUUAAUUUUCAUGUAAUUUUAAUAAAUGGUAUUUAAUUUUUUAAA